UGAAUCUUUAGGUUACAAAACUCAGUGGAACAGUGAGAGGGGAGAGAGAGAGAGAGAGAGGUCAAAGAAUCGAAAGUCAACACUGAAAUAAGGAGAGAAGCAGAGGAAGAAGAAAGAAGCAAUGCAAGAUUUGCCCAGUACGGCCCGGGGACGCCCAAUGGCGCCGCCGUUUCACCACCGGCGGGCGCAGUCCGAGGUCAGCUUCCGGCUGCCGGAUGACCUGGAUCUAGUGGGGGGCGAGCCCUCCGGGAGGUUCGACGACGACGAUCUGCUGCUGAGAACCUACAUGGACAUCGAGAAUUUCGGAUCUGACGGACUCGAAGACGGCGAUCCGGCCUACCCGGAACCCGGCUAUGCGGCCGCCGCCGGGAGGCAUCGGUACAGCAACUCCGUUGAUGGGGUGUUGUCCUCGGCGCUGGAGAGCAUAGAGGCCAAGAAGGCCAUGGCCCCUGACAGGCUUGCCGAGCUGUGGGCAAACGAUCCCAAACGAGCAAAAAGGAUUAUUGCAAAUCGACAGUCCGCUGCUCGGUCGAAGGAAAGAAAAGCCCGUUAUAUGUUGGAGCUCGAGAGAAAAGUCCAGACUCUUCAAACAGAGGCGACUACCCUUUCUGCUCAGUUCACCCUAUUUCAGAGAGAUACAUCAGGCUUGAGUACUGAAAACACGGAGCUUAAGCUUAGGUUACAAGCAAUGGAACAACAAGCUCAGCUCCGUGAUGCCUUGAAUGAAGCUCUGCAAAAAGAAGUUCAGAGGCUUAGAAUCGCCACAGGAGAAAUGAUAACCCCGACCGAAGCAUACAACUUGGGAAUGCAAAGCAUUCCAUGUCCUCGGCCUUCCUUCUUCCCUCACCACUCGCAGCUAGGGCUGAGCGGACCCCAUGGUAUGCACAUGCCUCAGUUCCAUCCUCACUUUCGCACCUACUCUGAGAUGUUGCACCAAGAUUCAAUCGGUCGAUUACAGGGACUUGACCUCAGCAGUGAAGGCUCAUGGCUCGCAAAACCCCAGGGCCCCACCAUUUCAGCGAGCGAGAGCAGCAGCGCAUCCUAGCUACGAUCAUGUGCUCUAAACUGUUGUAUGCUUGUACAGAGACGACUAAUCGUUGAUGAUGUUGAUUCUUUCCAUUCGAAGUUUGUUUUUACCAUACUCUUUUUGUAAUCAAAUCAAGUGUUGAUUCUUCAUGACUGUUGUAUUGGAAUGUAAGAAUUGUCUCUUUAAUUGCUGAUUCUC